UCACCCAUCACCAAAACACACAAUUAGCGACGGAAAAAAUUAAACCUUUCAAUGACGACAACUACUACGGUGACGGCCGCAGCAUGGACGGUAGCAGUAGCAGUAUUGCUAACGAUGGGAUGGUCGGCCGAUGGCCAGAUCGUGAAGACGACGGACGUGACGGUAACCAACUGGCUGUCGAAGGGACAGGACCUGACGAUGCACUGCAAGUCCAAAGAAGACGACUUGGGUGAACAGGUGCUGCACAAGCUGGGAACCUUCAGCUGGCAUUUCAUCCCAAAUUUCUUCGGCAAGACGCUCUUCUUCUGCUCCUUCUCGUGGGAUGGCAGCGGCGGCAACCGCUACUUCGACAUCUACGUUGAGAAGAGGGAUAAGGAUCGGUGCACCGACUGCAAGUGGAUCGUCAGCGAGGUUGGGCCGUGCUGGUACAAUGCCACCACGGCGGCUUAUGACGUCUGUUACGGUUAUAAGAGCAGCUUGCUUUGAUAUUAGUGUUUGGUACUUCUUUGAUUCAUUAGCCCCAUGCAUGUCUUUAAUUAAUAAGAGUGGUUAAGCACUGAAGAGAUUAGUGUGGGUUGUUGGCGUAGUCAGACUUUGAAAUUAAUGGGUUGAAUAAUGCUAAUGAAAAUUUGCAGAUAAACAGAAUCUGAGUUUACCUUGCUCAACUUCUAUGCGAGGUUAGCACUAUGGUGACCACUGACCAUACUAGAUGAUUAGUACGGGAUGAUAAUUGAAACCGAACCCACGAGUACGUAAUCCAGCUCAUCUCGAUCAAAGUGGGUAGAAUAUUGGAGUGGGGAAAAAGAUUCAAACUCAUCAAUCGAACCAAAACUCAUUACAAAUACAAAUUUGAUUGUGACGCCAAACUUUGAAUUCAUUUGAGGCUUUCACAGCUUUGAUUUAUAUAUUCAUAAUGAUACCAUGAGCGCCUUAGGGCGACCUCAAGAUAUGUUUUCAGAUACUGCUAUACAAUUACAACUUGUUUUUGCUCAAUGGAUACAAAACACCCAUGCUUUAGCACCUAGUGCAACCGCUCCUGGUGCAACAGCAAGCACCAGUUUGACUUGAGGGGGUGGUGAUUUGGUGGCAGUGGGUGGGAAGGUUGCUUUGAUACCUAUUCCAUUGGGAACCGCGGAUUUUUUGGUCCAUCAUAUUCAUGCAUUUACGAUUGCCCUGUUUACUUUUAUUUCUGUUUCCUGUUUUUAGAAAACAAGUGAAAACAACAUUUCGUCGUUUCGGAAAAUAAUAGGAAGUUGUCACUUUCUGUUUUCAUAGUUGAAAACGAGUAGAAAACAGAAUGAAUAGUAAAAAAGCUUUUUUCGUUUCGGUUGCCAAAUUUAUAACAUGAAAACAGAAAAUGGGAAACGAAAAUGAAAGUAAACAGAUUUUGAUUUCGGCUAAAAUACCUCGGAUACCACUUAAGUUUCAGAAUUGGGGCAUGCAUACCACUUAAGUUUGAAUAGGGCGUCGGGUACCACUGAACUUUAUUAUUUGUGCACCCGGUACCACUUAAGUUUAAUGUUAAGUGCAUUCCGUUAAAGUUAACAGAAUAUUCUUGGAAUAUUCUGUUUUCUAAAUUUCUUAAUUGGUCCUUCUACUUUUCUUAUUGUAAAAAAUCAUUUUUGACUUAUGAAAAACAUCAAUUUUUAUUAUUUAAUUGGUAUCCUCUUUUGAAAACUUGAUACCAAAUUAAUUUAUGAAUAGAAAAUUUAAAAUCAAUAUUAUUAUAAGUAUUUUCAAUUAUUAUUAUGUUUUCUAAUAAUUGAAUUAUUCUCCUUUUUUUUUUGAAGAUUUUGAUACCAAACCAAUUUUUGAAUAGAAAAUGUACAAUCAAUUAUCAUUAUAAGUACUUUAAAUUACCAUUAUGUGUUAUAAUAAUCGAAUAAUUUGCUUAAGCAAUAUAUCCUAUGAAUUCUAUAUCGAUAUAAAUAUAUGAGGAUGUUAUAUUUAAUUCUCGUACAUCAUUUGGAUGUUGUAUAAUUUUCUUGGUUACUUUCGUUCUAUUUUCGUUCGAAAUUUUCUUCAAUUACUGUAAUAUGUUUAAUUCUUUCUAACUAUGUUCCAUUUAUCAUUCUUUGGUCUUGAUGUAUUGAUGAUCGAUUAGAUUCUAUUUUAACUAUGUUUAAUGCUACUUCUUAUCGGAUUAGUGAUUUAAAUAGAUCUUCUAAUAUUGAUUUUAAAUAUUUAUUAUUAUAUUCUAUAUAUUUAUUCUUCUUCUUGAUAUUUGUUUAUUAUUUUUACUAACUUAUCUAUUUUAUUGAAAAUUUUGAUUAGUCAUUUUAGUAAUAUUAUGUUUAGAAGGUUUGUUAAUUUCUCUAUUAGAUAAAAACUUGUUGAAAUAUAGUUUUGGAUGUUUU